AUGCCUUCACCACCAAAACCGUGGGAACGAUCUACUAAUAGCUCUUCGAGACUAACUAAUACACAACUUAUGGCAGAACCGGCUUCGUUCGAUGGAACAACGGCUCCCGCUGUUCCAAACAGACCUUCAACUAUGGGCACUAAUACAGCAGCACCGGCAAUUAAUAGAGGGUAUAGCACAUUUGGUACUGGUGCUUAUAAUUCAGGAUAUUCACCGUAUAGCGCAUAUGGAGGAAUGAAUUCGUACAACUCAUACGGUAGUUACAGCCCUUACAAUCGAUAUGGAUCAUAUUCCUCUGGAUAUUCACCGUAUAGUCGUUAUAAUAGCUACGGAGGUAGUGGCUACGGCAACUACGGAUCGUACGGCUCAUACGGUGGCUAUAACAGAUACGGAACAAAUUACGGCGCUGGAAUGGCGGGUGGUCCUGGCGGGCCUGGCGGACCAGCAAAUCCUGAUGAGGUUCCAUUAACACAACGCAUGGAAGCCAGCACAUCGGCCGGCUUUCAUAUGAUAGAGUCGGUAGUGAAUGCAUUUGGCGGGUUCGCAUCAAUGUUGGAAUCGACGUUCUUUGCCACCCAUUCGUCGUUUAUGGCGAUGGUUGGUGUGGUUGAGCAGUUCGGGAAUCUACGUAAUUACUUGGGUCAGAUAUUGAGUGUGUUUGCGUUGGUUCGAUGGAUGCGUAAAUUAUUUUACAAGGUAACUGGUCGAGCGCCACCCGUCAAUCCUAAUGAACUGACUCCAGUUCACUUUGAACAAUUCCAAGAGUCUCGACGAUCUCGUCGACCUUUAUUCUUCUUUAUACUCGCAAUAAUCGGUAUCCCAUAUGUGGUGCACAAAAUUAUUCAAAUUCUUUUACGUCGCCAUGAAGCAAAACAAGUGAUCAAUACCGAGAUUCCCGCGUCAUCACUUCCCAAUGAAAAUAACGGUCAGAUAAUUGCACGAUCACAAACUUCUGCUACGGUGUCGCCACAAAACCUGGAGUUUUGUCGCACGCUUUACGAUUUCCAAGCCGAGUCACCAGCUGAGUUGAGUUUCCCUCGUGGUGAGAUUAUCGCCAUACUUAGUAAGACGGAUUCGUGGGGACAACCGUCGGAGUGGUGGCGAGGUCGUGUACGCAAUGGAAGUCAAGGAAUGUUCCCGUCUAAUUAUGUGGAGAUUAUUAAUAAAGGAGGUGGAAAUCCAGAUACUAAGGAUGUCAAAACUAUUUUACCCUCGAGUAAUAAUAACGACAAUGAUAAAGCAGCAGACUUCAGU